AUGGCAAAUCAGUGCUCGCUUAAUGGUUGUUGGUUCAAGUCUUCUGAAAUGAUCGCCAAAGAAGAAGAGGAACACUACUCAUCUCCUUUCCCACCCCGUCUUCCUCUUGAUUCAAGUACUGUGUAUUGUAAUCCAAUGGAUUGGCAGUUUCCCAUCGAACAAGGCUUUUACGAUGAAGUUCCUUUGAUGAGUACCUUCUCUACUGAUCCUUUAUAUGCUUCGUUGGACAUUGAACAAACUUCAACUCCAACUCAAGAUGGUUAUGAUGGGAAUGGGUUUUGGGAUGAACUGGGUUUGUUGUUUGAACCCUGCAACAAACAACCAAUGCUUAAAGAUGAAGAUAUAAAUGGGGAAGGAGUGAUGAAGAAAGAGAGGGUUUCAAGUAAAAGGUGCAAGGAAGAUCAACGCAAUAUUAGGGCUAAAUUGCUGUCAAGGAAAGUCAUCUCACAGUACUUUUAUAUGCCCAUAAUUCAAGCAGCAAAAGAGCUUAACGUGGGGCUGACACUGUUGAAAAAAAGGUGUAGGGAACUCGGAAUCAGGAGGUGGCCUCACCGCAAGCUUACGAGCCUCCGAACCCUUAUCAACAACGUUCAGGAGUUGGAGGAAGGAGAAGAAAGGGAAAGCAAAGUGAGGGAAGCAAUAGAGGUAUUGGAAAGGGAGAGGAAAAUGUUGGAAGAGAUGCCGGACAUGGAUUUGGAGGACAAGACCAAAAGACUUAGGCAAGCCUGUUUCAAGGCUAAUUACAAGAAGAGAAAGCUCGUGCCGCCGUCGAUUAUGACUCAGUCACCAUCUUCCACCGGUGCUGUUGGUAGCCGAGCAAGUGAUUUGGAUUUAAUUACUAGAGCUAAUUGUCGCAGGGGUUUGUCAGACUCUUUUUCAUCAACCAUCACCAUGAUCUAA